AUGUCUGGCCCCUCCGACGAUGGCGUUGGCCAUUUUCUGCAAUAUACCCAGCCCUUCACCAGAAUGGAAAGCUCGGACGCCCACCCGUCAGCGCGGGUAACAACCGAUCGAGACACACAACCCUUGUCGUUAUCCGUCGAUAUUGAAGAGCGGCAAAAUGGAUCGGAUGUGUUUGAAAGACGAGGUUCCGCUGAUUCAACCGGUGCCGAUGGCCAGGCUGACGAGGGUUUUGUGCUUUCAAGAAGCGUGCAAGACCCCUCGGAAGAGCUUCCCAUCGAGCUGAUAAGCUUGACAGAUCGAUUCAUCAACUCAUUGAGCGCAAAAGUACACAACUCUCCUCCUACGAUCGACAAAAUCUCUUCUCUCUUCCAAGUCUUCUAUGAUCGCGCCGAAUCUCACAUCGCUACACACAUCUCCGCACUUGCCUCUCGAAUCAAUAGGGAUCCUGCCCCGCAGGCUCCAGUCUCCCGCGGGGGUACGUUCUCGAAGUUAGGCAACAAAAGGUCUCAGGAUGACGUUCGGCAAGGUGCUGCUGGUCGGCAAAUGUUGACGGCAUCAGAAGUUGCGGACAGGCGGAGAGCGCGGAAAGCUCUAGAAUACAAACGUGCUGUGAUGGAGGAGGCUGCCGAGCGAAGAGUCUGUGAACUGGUUUACAACAAAAUUUGGAGACAUAAAACCACCUUGGAUGACGUUCGGGAUGAGAAACUACGCUCCAAAACUGCCGCCUUGCUGCUGGUGGGCAUCAAUCUGAAAGAUCUGGGCAUUGACAUCGACUUAUCAGCAGUUGAAGAGACGAAACAACAGGAGGCGAAUGACUAUUUGGCUCAAGCAAGAGUAUUUUUGGAAAAGAUGAAUGAGUACAAAUACCCUCUUGGCAAGCUUCAACAACUAGCGGCCGCUCAUAAAGCUAUUGUCGAUGCAUUGACUAAACUUUUGCCUUCGUCCUCAUCGGCGGAUGAGAUCCUGCCCACACUGAUCUACUCACUCAUCACCUGUCCGGCUGACGGGAUUAACAUUAUCAGCAACCUACUCUUCAUUCAACGGUUCAGAUCAUCAAACAAGAUCGAUGGCGAGACCGCAUAUUGCUUGACCAAUCUUGAAGCGGCUAUCAGUUUCCUGGAGAAUGUCGAGUUAUCCAGUUUGCGAGCAGAUGAGCUGCAGGAGGGACCUCUGCGGACCCCAAGUGAGACAGCAACCCCAUCUUCGGAGCGAACCGAUCCUUUCCGACCAGCCAAAGAUACCACCACAUCAUCGGUUACGACUGUGUCUGCUUCACCUGAGAUAUCCAAACCGGAGACUAAGGAACCGGCGUCAUCUACAUUGCCUCGGCCUCGCCCCUCUCCAGCGCCCCAGCAACGACGCCUGAGUAACUUAUUUCAACCACCUGCCAAGGUACUCGAAGCGGCAAAUGAUGCAGUACGUACCACGGCAGACCAGAGUCUCAAGAACAUUGGUGCCUCUCUUGACAACUCUUUCAACUUCCUUUUCGGUCGCCUAAAAGAAUUGCAGACCCAAGGCCCUAAUACAAAUGGACCUGUGCUGCCAAAGACAUUGGCUGAGGCUCGUCGCCUAGUCGCCCAACCUCUGGCCAACAAGCAAAACAUCCAAGAUGAUAUAGCAUCUAUAAACUCCAUUCCAUCUGACGAUGGCGCUCAGCCAACAGGUAGCUCAAGGGCCACAGGCUUAUCCAGCGGCGGUCGCACCCCGCGCGACCGAAGCACUGACAGUGCACGGACACAAGCCAGCAGCAAAAGGUCGAUCGCUCCAUCUCUGCGAGACGAACCUAUGCCAAGUCCAUCUUCAGCUACACCUCAAAACCCACUGGAGUCAAUGCGGAACUUCGGGAACUCGCUUAACCCUCUCAACCACAUCCCAGGCAUGAUCAAGAACUUUGGCCGUAAUGCCCCCGGUCCCGAUGCUCGUAAUGGCUCAGAUACACCGAAUCUUAGACCACUGUCCCCUGCAGCGAUGGAUCGCCUCAGAAUAUCACCUGUCUCGACAGAGACUGCGAGUCCACGACCUACACAGAAGAUCGAUCCUCCCAUCCAAAGGUUCGUUGAAACUCAAGAUGCUCGAGAUCUGCGUGUUGGAGAUGUAGCUGCUCUACUUGAAGAUUAUAAACGACUCGCGGCUGCCCUUCACAAGUCUGGACCAGCACCUUGA